AUGAGAUGGGCGGGGUCAGGGGCCCGGCAGCCAAUCAGAGUCAGGGCGGGGCCCGGGGCUCGCCCGGCCUCGGCCAAUGGAACGCCAGUGGGGGCGGGGCACGCGGGGACCCCCGAGCGGACCGGGACCGCCACGACCCUCGGGGACAGCGGUGACACCGGGACCCCCGAGCGGACCGGGACCGCCACGACCCUCGGGGACAGCGGUGACACCGGGACCCCCGAGCGGACCGGGACCACCACAGCCUUCGGGGACAGCGGUGACACCGGGACCGCCACAGCCUUCGGGGACAGCGGUGCCUCGGGCACCGACGGGACUCGCAGGAACCCAUGGAGCCACCGGGACCCCCAGGUCUGCUGGUACCCACAGAACCCCCAGGGCGAACAGAGCCACCAGGACCCCCAAACCAACCGGGGACCGACAGAGACCGUGGGACCCGCGGACCGAACCGGGAUCCCCGACCCUGGUGAGGCCGCAGCCGGCACCCCCCGUGCCACAACUCCUCCACCUGCCCCCUCCCCACCGCGAGGACCGGGGGUGGCGCUGGGGUUGUUCCAGCGGGUCCGGGUGCUGUGCUGGGUGAUGACAGCGCCCCAAAACCUGGAGACCAAGGCCCGGCACGUGCGGGGUACUCGGGCAGGGCACUGCAAGUCCUCCGAGCCCGCCCCCCACUUCCCGCCCGUGGGGCUGGGGGUGCCCGAGGGCCGGGGGCAGCUCCACAGCAAAACCAUCCAGUUCGUGCAGCGGCACCACCGCGCCCGCGCCGACUGGUCCCUCAAGGCCGACGACGACACCUUCGUGGUGCUGGACACCCUGCGCUGGCUGCUGGCCCCACACUCGCCCCAGCGGCCCCUCGGGAAGCGCUUCCGACCCUUCACUCGCCAGGGCUACACGAGCGGCGGGGCUGGAGUGCUCGGCCGGGGAGCCCCGGCCCGCGGCCACACCGGCCCCGAGGAGGACGCGGCGCUGGGGCAGAGCCUGGAGCGGCUGGGGGUGCUCGUGGGGGAUUCACGGGACACGUGGGGCCGGGAGACCUUCCACCCCUUCCCGCCCGAGAUCCACCUCACCCAGCGCUUCGCCCGGGACUUCUGGUACCAGCGUUACUGCUGGUACCCUGUCGUGGAGGGUCCCCAGCGCUGCUCAGACCUGGCCGUGUCCUUCCACUACGUGUCAGGGGAGGAGAUGUACACGCUGGAGUACCCGAGCCAGCGCCUGCGCCCCUACGGCUACAGACCCCGCUACGGGCCCCCCCGACCCCCCCGCGCCCCCCAACGCCACCCGGAGCCACCCGGGACACCGCCCCCUCAGACCCCCGCCCACCUCGUUAAUAUUCAAGCCACGCCCAUCAUAGGCCCCGCCCAGUCCCGUCAGUUCCGGUCAGUGCGGGGGAGGCGGUGA